AUGGCCCACUUCGUUCCCACAAAGAAGUCCUUUUCCGCUGACGACACUAUGACCCUACUGGCUGACCAGCUUAACAGAUAUCACGGCUUCCUCGAAACCGUUAUUUCCGGUACGGACCCGCGGUUUCAGUCCGAAGUGUGGGCACAGCUAUGCUCACGCUUUAAUAUUCAGAGGGCUAUGCCUUCCCCCUACCAUCCGCAAACGGAUAGUCAGACGGAGAGCGUCAAUCGUACCCUCGAGCAAAUGCUGCGUACAUAUAUCCAGGCGGACAAGCGGGACUGGGAGGGCCUGCCACCGGCCCUGGAGCUGGCCUAUAAUUCCACACACCACUCCUCUACAGAUAUCUCUCCAUUAAAGGUAAUGAUCGGAGAGAACCCAGUUACUGCAGCAGACCUAGAUAUUAUUCGGGCAUUGCCCCCUACACUCACCCCACCCAUUACUAAGCUCUUUCGGCAGCUUUGUGAUCGGGCUCGUAGCCACAUACUGAGGGCUAAGUGGAGACAGAAGUACUACGCAGAUUCAAAGCGCCGAGCCAUGGAGUAUAAGGUGGGCAAUCAGGUGUGGCUCCGCAGCAAACAUUUGCCAGCACUCAACCAUUGCACCAUGUUAGAACCCCGGUACCGAGGUCCACUCACAGUAGCUGAACGUGUUGGUAAGGUGGCUUACCCCCUUGCCUUGCAACCCACCUGCGAGGGAGCCAACGUCUUCCACGUGUCUCAGCUGGUUUCCCACUACCCCCGGGAGGAGACCCAGGUACCACAGGAAGCCCAGGUGGGCUGGCCACCUGUCUGUAAAGACGCCGGCAACCCGACAGAUCAAUUUAUUGUGGAUGACAUUAUCGGAGAACGAUAG